GGCGUUUCGCAUAAAACAAAAUAGGCAAAUGGCGGUAGCGCACGAGUCCCAAGGCAAUUCGAAACAACAGGUGGAGGAAAAAAUUGAACCUUCUUGCCGAGGAAGUGAAGAUGCAGGUUCAUGUGAACCCGUGCAGCCGAGGAAAGCGUCUAAUAAAGGGGGAAACCGGGGCAUGAGUCGUGGAUUGGUUAAAUGUUACAGGCCGACUAAAAAGAGAAAGAAAGACAAUCAAGAUAGCCUUUCUGAUAUUGAUGACUCUGAGCUUGUUGGAUACCUCAACACCAAGGAGGAGAUCGAUUACAAAAGGGCUUUAUGGGAAGCAAUAAAUCGAAACUAUACACAAGGCAAAAAAGCGAGAAAAACUACUCAAACAAAGAAAGGCGCCUCUGUCAAGAAAGCUGCUAAGACCACAGAGAAAGUGGAGAUCAGAAAACCAAGCUCCAGAGUUAAUUAUGAUGCUCUGAAACUCCUAGAAAAUGAGUCGGAUCAAGAUCUUGAAACAGCUCAGACAGUUCCCCGGAGUUCUUAUGAUGGAGCAAGUCAGGGCUUAGAAGCUGAUGAGGGCAAUUACAAUGAGGAUGAACAUGAUACUGGUUACAUCAAAGAUGACGAAACCUUUGAUGAUCCCUAUGGUGAUUACAGAUAUGGUGAUGGGCAUACUGACUAUGAAUAUUUUGAUUUUUGAAAAACAUUAUUUUUGUACGAGGAAACUUUGCGUGGAAAACAGGCAAUGGUGACCAAGAGGCUCACUUUGUUCUUGUUAGUUUUGAGGGGUAGAGCAUGUUAGAUUAGAAUGACAGCAGAAUAUGCAGUUUACACCGUUUGCAGCUAUGAUUUCAGUAUAUAUUGUAUGGGAAUUUGUGUACUGCUAAUCGAUUAAAGCUGAUACAUAAAGUUUGACGACAAAUCGUAAAAUAAUUUGUG